UCCCUGACACCAGGCGGGGCAGCACUGCACCUCUCCCUCUCAUAUCUCUCACACUCUCCUCUGCCAGACACAUCAACUUUCCCUCAUCAUUCUUGUUCAUCCUGACUUUGAAAACAUUCUUGACCCUUGAGUUGUUACUCAACAGACGACGCCUCCUUCAACGGGGGAUUCGACCGUUCUUGAGUAGUACUUCCUUCAGAGUACCCGUGUUCACAAGUCCGGCCGCCAUUUAGUGAGGCUCGAACUGCCAUACAGUCUCAUCAGGAGGAUGUUCCGCCACUGUGCAAGGCGUGUGGUGACGAGGGAGUGGCAGGCGUGCCCGCGCCCGGCGGCGUCCGGGGACAUUCUCACUACCGGCGUCAGGGCCUUCCGGACCACCAGCAUGGCCGAUGACGCCGCCCCUAGCGCCAGCGUGGCGGACGCCGACGGCAGACUCCUGGAGAAGGUGCUGGCGCUGGUGCAUCGCCAGAGGUCGGCCAAGGAGCCGCAGAAGGUGGUGGAGUUUGUGCAUCCUCUUGACCUUCAGAAACUGCUGGCGCUGCGGGUGGGGUCCUCCGCCGCGUCCCUGGCCGAAGCGGAGGAGGUGUUGGAACAGAUAAUGCGUUACAGCGUCAUGACUAGCCACCCACACUUCUACAAUCAGCUCUAUGGAGGCAUCAGCGAAGUCUCCCUCGCCGGUGCCUGGAUCGUCGAAGCCCUCAACACCAACCAGCACACGUUCGAGGUGGCACCCGUGUUUACUAUGGUAGAACACUUCGUGAUCGCUCGCCUGGUUCAGCUGUUUGGCUGGCACGAGGGAGAUGGCAUCUUCUCUCCUGGGGGCAGCGUGAGCAACAUGUACGGGAUGGUGCUGGCUAGACACCGGUCCCAUCCUCACAUCAAGAGGACAGGUGCCGCGGCUUCGAGCCCACUCGUAGCCUUCACCUCAGACCAGAGCCACUACUCUAUCAAGAAGGGCGCGGCAUGGCUAGGUGUGGGUAUGGACAACGUAGUGACCGUCCAGACAGACUCCUACGGAAGGAUGCUACCGCAGGCACUGAGGGAGGCGCUGAAGGAGGCCAGAGAGAGAGGCGGCGACCCCUUCUUCGUCAACGCCACGGCAGGAACCACCGUCUUGGGUGCCUUCGACCCGCUGGAGGAAUUGGCGGAUGUUUGUGAAGAGGAGAAGUUGUGGCUCCAUGUUGAUGCGUGUUGGGGAGGGACGACCAUACUCUCCAAGACUCACAAACACCUCUUGCAAGGAAUACACAGGGCGGACUCCAUCUCCUGGAACCCACACAAGAUGCUCGGGGUCUCUCUCCAGUGUUCACCUUUCAUCGUCAAACAUAAGGGGUUGCUAUUGGAAGCCAACUCAGCCAGCGCCACCUACCUCUUCCCGCAAGACAAAUUCUACGACAUCAGCUACGACACGGGGGACAAGAGCGUCCAAUGCGGCCGCAAGGCGGAUGCCGUGAAGCUGUACCUCACCCUCUCCCUACACGGCCUCUCACACAUCCAGGAGCGCGUGGAUAAUGCCUUCAGCGCGGCCAG